AUGUCUACUUUCUCGUACGCACAAGCUGCCAAGGGCAACUCCGGCACAACGGCCCCAGCCAAGACGCCAUCAGAGCCCGAGAAGACCGAAACCCCGGUGGUGGAGCAGACUAGCACUGAGACCACAACCGAGACCGCACCGGCUCCCGCCGAGUCCGAGGCCCCUCAAAAAUCCGAGAAGGCCGUCGUUGAGGAGAAGGAUGACGACUUCACUACCGUCACCAACAAGCACGCUGCCAAGUCCAAGGCACUGAACUCCCGAACAUCCAGCCCGAAUGUCCGCCCCGGCUCCAAGUCGCGCAAGACCAAGGAGGAGGACUCAUCAAAUACCGCGAAUGGCACCGCGGAUGCCACCGAGAAGCAGGCUUCCACCGAUGGACAGACUGAGAAGGCCGAGGGUGCCGCAGAGAAGUCGACUGAAAAGUCCGAAGAUGCCGAGAAGAACACACCCCCCAAGGAGCUGAAGGCUGCUCCUCUCCCCUCGGUCAACAUCUGGCAGCAGCGCAGGGAGGCGCAGGAUCUCAAGGUCAAGGUCGUGCCCAAGUCCGCUGCUACCGGCAAGGCGGCCUCCACCAAGGCGGCCUCGAAUGCGGAUGAAAGCCAACAGGACUCAUCCAAGGCUUCCAAGAAGAAGGGCACCGACGGUGCCUCCGAAAACAAGGACCGGAAGAAGGCCGAGGGUGGAAAAGCACGUGAUGCCGAGGACUCCACCGCGUGGCCUACCCCUCAGGUCGCGAUCGUCGAAGAAAAGAAGAAGACUCAGGAGAAGACCGAUAAGAGCCCUGUGAUCAGACCCCAUGGCAAGGAGAAGUGGACCCCUGUCCCAUACGUGCCUACCGCCGUCUUCAACACCCCUCUUCCCUCCGCCGGUGGUGGCGGUAACGGUGGUGGUGGCGGUCGUGGAGGUAGACGGGCCACUCGUGGUGGUCGUGACGGAGGCCGUGGAGCGCACGGAAACGGCGCGGCUGGUGUUGACAAGACUGCCUCUGGUCAGGCAGCUCAGGGCGCUAAGCAGGCAUCCGGAGAGCGAGGACGUCAAGAGUCUGGCACCGGACGUGCUGCCUCUCUCCCCGCCCAGUCUCGACGCUCCACCAGCACCGAUGCUGGCGCCGCUGCUGAUGCACGCAAGGCCACCCAAGCCACCGAGAGAGGCCGUGGACCCCGCAAUGGAGACGAGAACAUCAAUGGUAAGCAGGUGAACGGAGGAGAGAAUGUCCCCCGCGCCCAGCGCGAGGGCAAGGCCUUUGGCCGGAACCAGGACCCCCGCCAGAAAGGUGGAAACCUGGCUGUUGACCCCCAAGCCGCAGCCCGCUCCAACGACCGCCGUUUCGAGGCUGGCUCCAAGUCCGCCGACCCCGCUGGCUUCAGCGAUUUCAGCCGGGAACGCGGCGAGUUCCGCUCCGAGCGUGGAGGUCGUGCCAACCGCGGCCGUGGUGGCCCCUACUCUAGCUUCGGCGGCCAGAACGCCCAGUUCGGCAACCCUGCCAUGAACUCCUUUGCUGGCAACAAGCCCUUCGGCUUCAACGACCGUCAGCGCUCCCAGCAGCACGCUAUGCCCAAUGGCGCUCAACAACCUAACCGUAUGCCCCUCCGUUCGCCCUCUUUGCCAAAUUCUGGAAAUGUUUAUGGUGUUUAUCAAUACCCAGGUGACAUCAACACGAUGUAUGGCUACCAAGCUGUGAACCCCGCCCCGAUGAGCGCCAUCCCCUACCAGCAGUACAUGGAGCCUUAUGCGCUCCUUAACCUGCUCUCUAUGCAACUGGAGUACUACUUCUCGGUCGACAACAUGUGCAAGGACAUGUUCCUCCGCAAGCAGAUGGAUUCCCAGGGCUUCGUUCCUCUGCACGUGCUCGCCAGCUUCAAGCGUGUCAAGUCUCUCACUGAGGAUUUCGAACUUCUGCGUCACGUCGCUCGCCAGCUCCGCACCGUUGAGUACCACACCAGCGAGGAUGGCGUCGAUCACCUGCGCCCCCGCGAGAAGUGGCAGCAGUGGGUCCUCCCUGUGGACCAGCGUGAGCCCGCCGCUCAGCACGAAGGAGCCGCCCCGAUCCCCAAGUCCGACGAGAACGCCCCGAUUAACCCCCAACCCGAAAGCGCCAUCAACGGCUCCGCUCCCCAGUUUGUUCCCAACGGUACCGCCAAGACUUCCUUGUCGUCUACCGCCCCGGAGUUCAUGCCCUCCGUGCCACCCACGGCCGGUAGCGAGAUCACCAAUGUAGGAUACCCCAUGGAUUCCCCUCUGUCCCCCGAAGACCUCCCUGCGUCGUUCGUGCCUUUUCCCUGGGAUGACCCAAAUGUUGACAUCGAUCCAGCGCGCGGAUUAGACUCCCGGUCCGAACCCCCUCUCCCCUCUGAUCUGGUACCAGCUGCGGGUCCGAUGAGCUUUGACAAGAAACCCAACCCAUUUCAUGCCAGCGGUGCUGCACAUACAGUGGAAAGUUCCUUUGUUGAAUCACGUCACCCGGAACCCAACUCAUCGGGGGGGAGACGUCCAUUCACCGAUACGCUCAAUUAUGUUCCCAAUUCUUUCGAUUCGUCUUUCAACGGCCGAGGCCGAUCGGUGGCCAGGAGAUCUAGUAUCGAAAAUUCUGCGUCUUACGAAUCCUGGUCGUCGCUCUUGGCACAAAAUUUCGAUUUCAACCUGUACAAUGAUUUUAGGCGUUCAGCCCUUGAUGACCUUCUUACACGACAUGUUGACCACGGAUUCAAUGCGCUCGUGGAGUUUUAUCGGAAAUCCCUGCUUACCCAUCGCAACAUGCCUGAUAGGGUGAUGAUGGAUAUGGUCUCCCUUUCUCAGAGAGGGCCGGACUUUCACACUAUCAUAUUCAAUACGAUCAACGACGCCCUGGCCAGUGGAAACAUGAAGAUGAUAAAUCGGCGAAAAGUCAACAAAUAUUUCAAUACCCAGCACGGCAAGACGCCCGAAGAAAAGUUAUCAUGUUGA